UUUUUUUUUUUUUUUUUUUUUUUUUUUAAUAAUGAGUGAGAACAAUUCAUUUUAUACUUCAGAACGUAUUUUCGAGGGUGCAGAAAAACUCUUAGAAAUUUGGUUUGGUCCAACAUCAGGCUCUAUUCCAGACAUUUCCUCUGAAUUUGAUAAUAACCGCCCUUUAAGAAAUGGUCUACGUUUAGUUGAAAGAGACGUAUGGGAUGAAAUGUUGGACAUCGUUAAAUGCCAGGUGUUGAAUGUAGUUCAUAAUGAUUAUUUUGAUGCUUAUUUAUUAAGUGAAUCUUCGAUGUUUAUCUAUCCUCAUAAAAUUAUUUUAAAAACUUGUGGCACAACCACUCUUUUGAUUGCUAUACAUCGUCUUCUUGAAAUCGCUUCCGAAUAUUGUCAACUUAAUAAAGUAUGGAGAGUAUUUUAUUCUCGUAAAAGUUUUGUAUUUCCUGAGGCUCAAUUGGGUCCACAUAAGGAUUGGAACGAAGAAGUAAAAUUUUUAGACCAACUUCUUGAUAAUGGUGCAGCAUACACAGUGGGAAAAUCUAACGGAGACCAUUGUUGGUUCUUGUGGUUAAACUCUCCUCAAAAUGAUAUUCUGCUUACAGAACUAGAAUCUGCUCAUCCUUUAGAUGAAACUGGUUCUGAUUUUCAGGAUAUAACGAUCGAAAUUUUAAUGACAGAACUUAGCUCAGAAACAUUAAAUAAAUUUUAUCAUAAUCCUUCAGAAGGUGAAUCAGGAACUCAGGGUGGCGCGAGAAUCGAUAGAAAAACCGGGUUGUGCGAUAUUUAUCCUGAAGCACAACUAGAUUCUUAUCUCUAUGAGCCAUGUGGAUAUUCUGCUAAUGGAUUACUUAGGGAUAACUAUUUCAAUAUUCACGUUACUCCUGAACGUAAUUGUUCCUAUGCUUCAUUUGAGACUAACAUUCCAGUAGGUCACGGAACUAUUGCGGAUGUUAUUCAUAAAGUUAUUGCUAUUUUUAAGCCGGAAAAGUUUAGCGUAACUGUUUUCAAGACACGAGAAGACAAUGACAAUAAGAAAUUAUUGGUUGUAUCUGUUGAUGAUAUUAAUGGAUACUCUAGAAAAGAUCGAAUCCUUUAUGAAUUUGAGGAUUACGAUUUGAUUUUUGCACAAUUUGAAAGAGAGAAAAAUUUUGCAUAAAUUUCCGUCCGUAUAGGCUCACAUCGUAAAAUAAGUCUCAUUCUACUCAUUAUAGAAGGAAACUCUUAUUUAGAAAAAUUCUCGUUUCGAAAUCAUAUAACCUUAAAAAGAACUUUAGAUUGUUACGUUACAUCACCUUUACGAAAAAAAUAUGCAAAUUUUUUAGGCAUUUUUUGGGUUUUAGUUUAGUAUAAGCUGUAAGGAAUUAUUACGACUUUGUAUUUAACAUGUGACUUGUAAUAUAUAAAUAUCGAUUAUCAAAAUGACCCAAACGAUGGUCACAAUGGCAGUAAUUGAUAA